UUCAAAAAACCAAUUAAAAUUAAAGAAAUUGUGAUUUUAACUUGAAAGUAAUUUAUUUUGAGUUUUUACAUAAAAAAAUGAAAAUGUAGGUGUGUUUCUAAUUAUAUAUGAGUUUAGAAGACAUCUUUAUAAAUUUUGAGACCAAAUAUCACUUCGGGUUUUUAGUGCGAUCAUUUCAAGCGAGCAAAAGUGAAAGUAGAAAAGCAGAAAGUUUCCGGUGAGAAAAAAUACUUCAUUCUAGCAGUGUCCAGCUAUCUUAGAUUAGUUUGCAUUGUAAGGGAAUUGUUUUAGUGUCCGAUAGAUUUGCAUUAAAUUGGAGUAAAUUAAUUUGUCAUGCAUGUGACAUGACUAUAUACCGAAGAUGUAGGUAUGCACUCUUUAACAUGUAGAAGCCUACCAGUACCAUGUUGGUUAGUACUUAAUCCACAAAAUCUAUCUUUGUUUAUCAUAAUCAAAAUUGAAUGAAAUUAUCAGUGAUCAUUUUAAGUAGAUAUUUACUAGUAUUUAUUCAUUCAUACUAUUGAAAAAAUAGAUCAAUAUGUUGGGGUGGGGGGGGGGUAUUGGUCUUUAGGCUGUAUAAAUGUGUUGUGCAUGAAGAUGUAGUUAUUGUUGCCUAUCUGUUCUCUCUUUCUGUAUCUUUCCCCCUCUCUCUAAGUCUGUCUGUCUGUCUGUCUGUCUGUCUCUCUCUCUCUCUCUCUCUCUCUCUCUCUCUCUCUCUCUCUCUCUCUCUCUCUCUCUCUCUCAACAUAUGGCUGCUUUUGAUAUGGAAUUGCAAAUGUUGGGAAUAGUGUUGGAUAAUGUAGAAUUUAAUUCAAAACAUUUCAUUUUAGAUAACAUGUAAAUUGAAAUGGAAGUCAGUCCUUCAAAGAAUAAAACACAACAAUGAGCCACACUUGAUAGUUUUUCAAUACAGACGCAUUUUGCCGGAAAACGAAUCUGACUUCAAACCACGAAAUUUUAACAGGAAAGAGACAAUUUGAUGAGCUUUCAUUGAAGAGGUCCCUCGUUGCUGAACAAAAAUUAGGGCCAGAGCUAUGAACCAUAACGUUAACAUUACCGCCUAUGGAAAAUGCAUUAGUGGACUAUACCCAUAUUGAGCUCCAUGCUGAUAACAUGUAAAUUGAAAUGGAAGUCAGUCCUUCAAAGAAUAAAACACAACAAUGAGCCACACUUGAUAGUUUUUCAAUACAGACGCAUUUUGCCGGAAAACGAAUCUGACUUCAAACCACGAAAUUUUAACAGGAAAGAGACAAUUUGAUGAGCUUUCAUUGAAGAGGUCCCUUGUUGCUGAACGAAAAUUAGGGCCAGAGCUAUGAACCAUAACGUUAACAUUACCGCCUAUGGAAAAUGCAUUAGUGGACUAUACCCACCUGUAGCUCAGGUAACCUUGAUUUAACAGGUGAUCUGAGGAUCAGGUAACCCUGUCUUAAACCUGGCUUAAGCUGUACUCAGGUGAGAAGUAGUUGGGUUGCAAACCUGUGACUCAAGUCUAUCUUACCUGAUUACAGCUUAAGCUUUUCUCAUUCAUUGAAAACAAUGGCAGCAAGACAGAAGUCAGCAAAUUUUUCUGAACUAGAGAAAGAAAUUUUGCUAGAACUUAUUCAUGCUAAGAAGGAUAUCAUAGAAAACAAGCAGAAUGAUGGCAGAAUGGUUAGUAAGAAGAACACAGAAUGGAUAAAUAUUGAGAAGGAAUUUAAUUCAAGACAUGGCGUUAAUAAGAGAACCAUAACCCAGCUGAAAUCUUUAUGGAAAAAUCUUAAAGCCAGAACAAAGUCUGCUGUUGCUAAGGAGAGGAGAGAGAAGAAGAAGACAGGUGGAGGACCAGCUGGGAAAAGCUUAGAUAAAAUUGCCAGCACAAUUUCGGAAAUGCUUCCGCAGCAAAUUAACAGCUUGCAAAAUCAGUACGACGAUGAUGCAAGUCUCCAUGGGGAUGAACCAGAUGAUGACAAUGAAGAUUCAGAUGAUAACGACGAGAUAAUGACCACCAACACAAUUCAGGAGGAAGCGCCGAGAAUGUCAGAAGAGUCUGCUAAACAGCCGCAAACAGCAUCCAUAGCUUCUGCUACCAAACGAAAAGCUGCUGGUCCUGGACGUCAAGACCAAGUCAAGAAUAGGCUCCUGGAAAUGGCAGAAAUAGAACUUUGUAAGAAGAUGACAAUCCUCCAGUUGAAAGAAGACAUUUUGAAAUUAAAGAAACAGAAACUAGAGAAUGAAAUAAAAUUAAGUGAACGUGAUUUGCCUGUGCCUCAACCCAGUACAUGUGGGGGACCCCUGGGUACAAAUUCAAACAACAACAGUGGAUAUUUCUGGCAGCCAUAUGCACAAUAAUUAUUAUUUUGCUUAUAUGCGUACAUUAAAAAUAUGAGAUUAAAACAA